AUGGUGGUGUUCAUGUUCUGGAUUUUUGUUUUUAACAAUUCUGCUUCUUGUUGUAUUGGGAACUAUUUUGAAAAUCUUUACAUCCAUGAGCUAAUGGUGACCCAACUUGUUUCAUCAAAAGAGGAUAGUGAGAAGACUGGCAAAGUGACAUCUGCAGGGAUGUAUUUCUUACAUUUUCAAGUGUACAGAAUGGAUUCAACUGUGAAUGCAUUGGCAAUGGCAAAGGACCCAGAAGCUGCUUUCUUCAAAAGGUUGGAAGGCCUUCAACCAUGUGAAGUUUCACAAUUAAAAGCUGGCACUCACAUAUUCGCCGUCUAUGGCGAUAACUUCUUCAAAACUGCUUCUUAUACGAUUGAGGCUCUUUGUGCAAAGUCAUAUGAGGAUACAACACAUAAGCUUAAGGAUAUUGAGGCUCAGAUUUUGAGGAAGAGAAUUGAGCUACGGCAAUUUGAGACAGAAUACAGAAAGGCAUUGGCACGCUUUCAAGAAGUGACCAAUAGAUACACCCAGGAAAAGCUGUCUGUGGAUGAGUUGCUGAAACAGCGAGACACUAUCCAGUCUUCAUUCACCGUAACCAGGUCGGUCAUCAACUUUAGUGGGGGUGGCACUCAUGUUAGUAAUGGAAGUAGUAGUAGUAAAGUUCCCGGUGAGGAUUUCACGGCUGAGAGCCCCGGAGAAGACGGAAGCUCGGACGGAAAGGAUAAAUCAUCCAAAAAGAAAUGGUUCAAUCUUAACCUAAAAGGGUCUGAUAAGAAGUUGGGUUAAAAGGGUGUGCUUAUAUAGUCCUGCAUUGUUUGCAAGGUUUGACUUGCCUUUUAUUUGUUCAAUUCAUUUCUUCCUUGUGGAUCCCCCAAAGGUUGUUCUUUACAGUUUAUUAUAGUCCAUUUCGACAAACAUAGCGAAUGAUUUGUGUGUGCAUAUAUCUUUGUUUUUUGAUUUUUUUUUUAUCAAUUGAAAUGAAUUGCCUGUU